AUGAACGCCCAAGAGCCCCAAAUCGAACGUUCCCAAUCGAGUUCGUCCUCUAUCAAGUCGGGAAAAAUCAACCAGGAAAACGACCGUGUUCAAUCGCAAGAUGAGGAACAAGGACUCAAGCCCGGUCCGACCCGCGCUCGACUACUCGUCGUUUGGAAAUUUUUGGGCGAGCGUGGGUGUACGCCUAGGUCCGUCCUGACAAGACGAUUUGUUUUGGCUUUGCUCGGCGGCCAACUUGUUAGCAUUUGUAUUACUUGUACAUCAGUCACAACCACCGAGUUGGUCAAUCGUGGAUGGUCUUUGCCUGCGACUCAAACAUUUUUCCUGUAUUUUGCACUCUUUAUCGUGUACACGCCUUAUACAAUUUUCAAGUAUGGAUUUAAAGGAUGGGGGAACUUGAUUAUCAAAGAUGGCUGGAAAUGGUUGGGUAUGCUUGUUGCCUCGGAUCGUUUAACGGGGACGGGGCAGUACCCGGCUUCGUCCAUGGUCAAAGGGGACUUGUUCAUGCUCGCUGGAGCAACCUUGUAUGGAUUUACGAAUGCUACCGAGGAAUUCCUGGUUCGUAAACGCCCAUUAUACGAAGUCGUCGGACAGCUCGGAAUGUACGGGAUGAUUAUCAAUGCGAUCCAGGCGAGCGGACUGGAGCACAAGGAGAUGAGGAAUGUAACUUGGAACGGGGGUGUUAUUGGGCUGUUGUUUGCGUAUACAAUUGCUAUGUUUAUCCUGUAUACGACUGCGCCGCUCAUUUACCGUGCUGCGUCGUCGGUGUAUUACAACCUGAGCCUGUUGUCAAGUGACUUUUAUGGGCUACUAUUUGGGUUGGGUCUCUACCAUUACCGCCCGUACUGGUUAUAUUUUGUCGCGUUUGCGGUCAUCAUCUUUGGACUGAUUGCCUACUUUUGGCAUUCGACGCCCGAGGAGCAAGGAACACUGGAUCCGCAGAUGCCGGGCCCGGCAAAACAGCCUGGGGGGCUGCCUGACGAGGACGUCUACUUGCCUCCGCGCCGCGUCGACGGAGCGAGCCGGCCCUCAUCACCGGCGAAACAGUCGUUCUACUCUGCACGCACGCCCCCGGGCUCACCGCGGAUCCCCGCGGCCUCUCUGCAGCCCAUGGCCAAUGGCAACAGCUCGCCUGGUCGCUCCCCGUCCCCGUCGCCAUCCCCCGGAUACCUCGCCCCCGCACCUGGCUCCCGUCCCUCGACUCCAUCUGGCAGCCGCAUCAUGGGGUCCGCCCGCUCAGACGACUCGCACACCCUUCUCAGUCCCAGCGCUAUGAGCGGCGGUCCUCCCCCCUCCAGCAACACCUCGCACAGCACUGGAGCCAAUCUCUGCAGUGCAUGUGGACAGCCAAUGACCGCACAGUUUGUUCGUGCCCUCGGCACCGUCUUUCACCUCGAGUGUUUCCGCUGCAGGGAUUGCAACUCGGUCGUCGCGAGCAAGUUCUUCCCCAUCGACGGCCCCGAUGGUCGCCAGCACCCCCUCUGCGAGCGCGACUAUUUCAAGCGCCUCAAUCUCAUUUGUGCCAAGUGCGACAUGGCCUUGCGAGGUAGCUAUAUCACAGCAUGCGACAAAAAGUACCAUGUCGAGCACUUUACAUGUUCCGUCUGUCCGACCUUAUUUGGUCCACAAGACUCGUAUUAUGAGCACGAGGGCGCGGUCUUUUGUCAUUGGCACUAUUCCACUCGCUUCGCCGUCAAGUGCGUUGGCUGCAACUCGGCCAUUCUCAAACAAUUCGUCGAAAUAAAUCGCAACCAGCGAGACAGCGCAUUUCACCCCGAGUGUUACCUCAUCCACAAGGUCCGUUUAUCUUGCAUUUUAUUAUCUGUGCUAACAGCUCGUUUGCCCCCAGUUUUGGAAUGUCAAGGUCGUCGCCCGCCCCCCGUGCUCCCCAUCCAUCCUCCCCCCGAACCAUUCGACUCGUCCUCGCCUGCCCCCACCCAGCUUACUUACAUCGCCGAAGAACAACAAACAACCGCCCAAUCUCUCAAGGCCGCCCAGGUCAAGAUGGAAGCCCAAGUCUAUGCGAUAUGGACCAAUCUGAGCGCGUUUGAAGAGUCCAGCGCAGCCUGCAUCAGCGACAUGCUCACCCAAGUCAGCGCCGGCAUCUACCUCGACGCUAUUCGCAUGGCUGAGAAAUUCAUUCUCCACGUCGAAGUCCUUUUUGCCGCAAUAGACGAGAUCGAAGACCGAUUUGCCGCCCUCUCUUCCAAAGGCAUGUCCCAUGUUCGGGAGGCACGGAUGCUCUGCCGCAAGACUGUCGAUCUCUUCACUCUUCUGUCCCAUUCAUCGUCAAGUGACCCCAAGCACUCCGGUCAGGGCAUGUCCCAGGAGCUACUCGCACUCGUCACGGGGCUCGCCCAUUACCUCAAAAUCUUGAUCCGCAUCGCACUCACCGGCUCACUUAAACUCGAGCGCGAGCUGGGCGAUGGGGGUAUUGCCCUUGGCCGCUUCCUCGAACGCAUGAAGGCCCUGGCAAAGAGCGGGGGCGAUGUCCGUGCUCGGCGACUCUCCUCACCGCCCAACGAGCCCAACGGGAACGACCCCUCCGAUAGCAUAGUAGCCUACGGAUACCGUUCGCUUGCCCCUGAAGUCGCCGGUGAAUCUCCGUUCGCGGGGCCCGCGGGGUUGCUCAUGUCCUCUCCGAGCGAUCUCUGCACCGUCUGCGGACUAACCGUCGAAGAAGACUGCGUGCGAUUGGGGACCUACCAGCGGUGGCACACGACAUGCAUCAAGUGCGCACAGGACGAUUGUACACGCACCGCUGUUGCUCCAUUACCACCUCACCUGCAAGCGCCCGAGAAGAAGCCUGAUGACGAAGAAGGCGGUACGAAAAAGGUCUCGAGUGUGCGAAGACCUCCCGCGGAAGUAGGGCGAUUCAUCUAUGAGCCCAGUGAAGGCGAACCCGUCACUGGGUUCGAGGCCGUGUCGAGGCUCGAGCAGUAUGCGUUUUUGCUCAACGUUGCGCUGAGGCGGUUGUUCUUGUUGUUGAAGAAGCGCGGUGCGAUUGGUAUCGAAGAGCUAUCGUCCAACUCACCGUCAUCGCAUCACCGUGAUUCGGGCGUCGUGCCUAUGAAGUCGGUGCAUCUGGACAGGAAACUGAGCGCUACGGCCAGACUCCCCAAGCGCUCGACCAUUGUCGAAAGUCCGACGGGCAAAGUGGCCCAGCGAACAGACGUCGGGGCCCAAAAGAGCAGCGCGCAGCACCAGGGCUCGACUAUCGUCAUGGGCCCCUCGGCUCCUCCGUCCCAGGCAGGAUCCAUGCACCACGUCCCGCUCACGAACUCGGUCCCGGUCACACUGCGACAGCCCACACCGCGAGCACCGAACCAGAUCCAAACCCAGCCCAGACCGCCGUUUGCGAGGAACAACACCCAGGUCCGGAUCGUGGACGAUAGUCUCGUGAGUCCGGUCGGCGAGGACCACCAGUACGAGCGCACCGAGUCGGGCGAAGGUCUCACGCUGGGCGAUAUCCCCCAGCUCGUCGAGGCCGAACAGAGGCGCUCGUUGCCGCGCCAGGGGUCGCGCCGGAUGAUCGCCGAGCUGGGCCCGCUCGAGCAGCUGGUCGUGAAGCACGCGGCGGUCCAGAGCUUGCUGCGCACUCCGAUCCGGGAUGCGAUCGAUAUGGACGAGCUCGGCGAGCUGCUGGAGCUCAAGAAAAAUACGUUUUGGGGGAAACUGUUCAAGGGCGGCAAGGACAAGCAGGGGAUCAAGAAAAAAGGGAUUUUCGGGGUGCCGUUGGAGUUGCUUGUCGAGCGCGAGGGGGUGGAUUCGAUGUUGGGCGCGUCGAGAGCGACGGUGCGGGUGCCGACGUUUGUGGAGGAUAUAGUGUCUGCUAUGAAACAGAUGGACAUGUCCGUUGAGGGUAUAUUCCGUAAAAAUGGAAACAUUCGUCGGAUGAACCAGGUCAUCGAGGCGAUCGAUCGGGACCCAACGUCGGUCGAAUUCGCCCAAGAGAACCCGGUCCAGCUUGCGGCGCUUUUGAAAAAGUUUUUGCGCGAGAUGCCUGAUCCGCUGUUGACCUAUCGGUUGUACAAGGUUUGGCUGGCGGUGCAAUCGGUGAAUGCGUCGGACAAGGAAAAGACCCGGAUGCUUCAUUUGGUGACCAUACUGUUACCUAAAUCUCACAGGGACACACUCGAGGUCUUGUUUGUCUUCCUCAAGUGGGUUUCGUUAUUCUCCCACGUCGACGAAGAGACGGGAAGCAAGAUGGACUUGGUCAACCUUGCGACAGUCAUUACGCCUAGUAUUCUCUAUUCCAAGGGCCGAGAUGCAGCACGAGAAGAAUCGUUCAUGGCGAUCGGUGUCGUCACCCGCUUGCUGGAGGACCAAGACCAGUUUUUCUCGGUACCCGAUGACUUUUUGUGGUUCUUGGGUAACAUGGAAAUCUGGUCCGGAUGCUUGGAUCUUCCCAUGCGAGAUAUGCAGCGUAGGGUUGAAAACGUUAUGACCAGGCGUCGGCAACAACCUUCACCCAGCACGAACAACCAAGGUCCGCAACCACAACAAGGGUACCUUCCAUCAGGAGGCCCCCGUUCCGACUCACAUACCUCUAUCCCCACCCGACCGUCGGACCAAAAUCUCGCUCGAGGGAGACAAGGUUCGAACCCACUCGACGUGCGCCCCCACCCCGAAUCAACGGAAACGGAAACGCGGGCAGGUCUCAAUCGACCGAACGGUCGCAAGCUCCGCCCCAAUCCGCACCUCCUCAUCCUGGACUCGGGCAUGCGCCGAUGUCGUACCCCCCGCCGGGCGUACCGUCCCAACAGACCCCACCGUCUCCGCGGAUGA